CGGGGACAGCGCGGGGCGGCGCGGAGGCAGCGCGGCGCGGCGCGGCGGGGCCGCGGCGGCUGUCAGUCAGGCGCGGAGCGGCCGGGGAUUGGCGCCGGGCUGGUUACGCAGGCGGCGGGCGCGCACAUACAAGGGUAGGGCCGGGCCGCGGGCCGCAAUCCCCGGCCGGGCCGCGGCUCCCUUCGCCCCUCCGCGCCGCCCGACGCCGAGGCGCUGCGGCCUCGCCUCCGCGCGGCGAAGGAACCUGCCUCUGGGUGUCCCGCUCCUCGUUGUCGCUUUAAUUUUUGUUCCCUUCCUUUUUCUUUUUUUCUUGCCGCUGUUACUGUUGGUUUUUUUCCCCGGCGAUCGCUCGAGGACCCGGCGACGGCGGGACGGAACGAAAGAAAACUCCUUGGGCACCGCUUUUGCUCGCUCUCUUCUUUUUUAAAUUAUUGCUGUUGGUUUUGAUUUUUUUCUUUUUUUGCCCCGUGUUUGGGGGAUUUCUGGGGGUUCUUCUCGUUGUGUUUUUUCCUCCCCCCCUUCCCUCCUACUUUUGGUUUGGUUUUGGUUUGGUUUGUCUUUUUUUUUUUUUUUUUUUUCUUUUUUUCCCUCCUUUUCGCUGCCGUCCCUCGGAGGAAACCUGCCCGGCUUCUAGCAUGAUGUCUUACCUCAAACAGCCCCCUUACGGCAUGAACGGGCUGGGGCUGGCGGGCCCCGCCAUGGACCUGCUGCAUCCCUCCGUGGGCUACCCGGCCGCGCCGCGGAAGCAGCGGCGGGAGCGCACCACCUUCACGCGCUCGCAGCUGGACGUGCUGGAGGCCCUGUUCGCCAAGACGCGCUACCCGGACAUCUUCAUGCGCGAGGAGGUGGCCCUCAAGAUCAACCUGCCCGAGUCGCGCGUCCAGGUCUGGUUCAAGAACCGCCGCGCCAAGUGCCGGCAGCAGCAGCAGAGCGGCGGCGGCGCCAAGAGCCGCCCGGCCAAGAAGAAGGCGUCGCCGGCCCGCGAGAGCUCGGGCUCGGAGAGCAGCGGGCAGUUCACGCCGCCGGCCGCCUCCAGCUCGGCCUCCUCCUCCUCCUCCAGCUCCGCCUCGUCGGGCCCCGCCGCGGCCCUGGGCGCCCCGGCGGGCGCCGCCGCCCCGCUCAGCGCCCCGGCCUCGUCCAUCUGGAGCCCGGCCUCCAUCUCGCCGGGCGCGGCGCCCUCGGCGGUGCCGGUGCCGGUGCCCGAGCCGCUGCCGCCCGGCGGCGCCUCCUGCAUGCAGCGCUCGGUGCCCGGCGCCGCCGCCGCCUCCUACCCGGUGCCCUACGGCCAGGGCGGCGGCUACGGGCAGGGCUACGCGGCGCCGCCCUCCUCCUCCUACUUCGGCGGCGUGGAGUGCGGCUCCUACCUGGCGCCCGUGCACUCGCACCACCCGCCGCACCAGCUCAGCCCCAUGGGGCCCUCCGCCGUGCCGGGCCACGCGCACCACCACCACCACCACCACCCGCUGAGCCAGAGCUCGGGCCACCACCACCACCACCACCACCACCACCACCACCCCCCGCACCCGCCCCCGCCGCAGGGCUACGGCGGCGCCGCGCUGCCCUUCAACUCCGCCGACUGCCUGGACUACAAGGAGCCGCCGGCCGCCGCCGCCGCCGCCGCCGCCUGGAAGCUCAACUUCAACUCCGCCGACUGCCUCGACUACAAGGACCAGGCGUCCUGGCGCUUCCAGGUCUUGUGAGGGGCUGCGCCCCGCCGCCCCUCACCGCGGCCCCGGCCCCGGCCCCGGCCCCGGCCGCAGCCGAGCCAGCGCUCGCCCCGGCCCCGCUCUCCCCACUCCUAUUUAUUUGCUCUCCCGCGCCCCGGGCUUGUCCCCUCCGCUGGGUUUGUUAUAACUAUUAUUUUUGUAAAGUGGAACAGAAAAAGGACUUCGGGGAGGGGGGGAAAAAAAAAAAAAAAAAAAGAAACGAAAAAAAAGCAAGGAGCGGCCCCCGCCGCCUGCUUCCCCCCCCCCGGGCCGCCCCCGGGAGCGGCGCGAAUCCUCGGUCCGUUGCAGUGACCGCUCCUAGUUUUAGUCGAUGCUCCGGGGCUGACACUUGCCGCGAGUCUGAGGUGCGCGAAACGGAACUUUUAAAGGAAACCUUCCCCCCCUCCCUC